UUAGUGCGCGCGCCCUCCCAUCAAACUGAAAUUCAGCUAUUUAAAUUAAAACUAUCCAGACGAUGGAACGUCGUUCGUUCCAUCACAGACGUUCGUUUCGUGGAAAAAAUAGAAGCGUUUUCCAGUUCCCGCCCAGUAUGAGGUGUAAUGUUGAGGCAAAGCUCUUUGAAAGUUUAGGAUUCGAACUGGGACUCGCAGGUGAUUAUUUUUCACUCAUUAAAAAGUCUGAAUAAUAUUGCGGUCUCAAAAUAAAAAAAAUAAAAUAAAAAAAAAGCUGGAUGUAACGAGUUUCGAGGCGGAAAGUGGUGGAAAAUAAAUUCACACAUUGAGUACCUACACGUCACAUAUGCUGGAAGUUUUGGAAAUUCAGCUCCUUUUUUUUUGGCAAAAUAUUAGGCUAACCAAUGAACCAAGAUGUAGGUGCAUCUCUCGGGAAUAAAUAACCGGUGGUAAGAAAACCAUAAUGCUUCAAGUGGCGGGAUGCUCUUUUAACUUUUUCAAUAGACGACGCUCAUAGACGUCACCUGCUGUUCAGAAGCGGUAGUGCGUGGAAGAUGGAUAGCUACUUGGAGCCGGGAAUGAACGAUAUUAUAGUUAGCCACUACAACCACUCCGGAAAGUGGGGGAGACCAAGAAGCACUGGUACUUGCAAGACCGCCUUCCUGCUUUUUAUCUGCAUCCUUAUAGUUUUGGAGAACGUAACUGUAUUACUUGCCCUCUGGCGCAACAAGCGUUUCCACAGCCGCAUGUAUUUUCUCAUUGGCAACCUGGCACUAUCAGACUUGCUAGCUGGAGUGGCGUACGUGGUAAACAUUUUCACCUCUGGCAGCAAAACUUUUUUCCUCAGUCCUGGCCAAUGGCUGUUGCGAGAAGGAAGCAUGUUUGUGGCCCUAAGCGCCUCUACCUUCAGCUUGCUAGCUAUUGGAAUUGAGCGCCACAUGACCAUGGUUCGUUUGCGGCCAUGCGAGGUCGCGGGAAGGGGGAGGUUACUAGCCCUGCUUGGGGCCUGCUGGGCUGUUUCGGUACUGCUCAGCGCUUUGCCCAGCUUCGGCUGGAACUGUUUGGGCCGAGUGCACACUUGCUCCACUGUACUACCACUCUACGACAAAAGCUACAUAGCCUUCUGCAUCAGUGUCUUCACGGCCCUACUAGCGGCCAUUGUGGUACUCUACGUGCGAAUCUACAAGCUGGUGACAUCCAGUGGCCGAAGAGUGAGUUCCAGACCAUCAGAGCGCUCGCUCGCACUCCUACGCACGGUAGUGAUAGUGCUAGGGGUGUUUGUAGCCUGUUGGGCUCCUCUAUUUCUGCUACUACUCCUGGAUGUGGGAUGCAGUCCAGAGCAGUGCCCAGUGCUGUACCAGGUGGACUGGUUCAUCGCCUUGGCGGUACUCAACUCUGCCCUCAACCCCCUCAUCUACACGCUGUCCAGCCGUGAGAUGCGAACCGCAUUCUUCCGUGUACUGUGCUGCUGCUGCUGUCACACGCCACUAGACUCCAUGCCCACAACAGCAGGAAUGGCGCUCCCUGGAAUGGUCAUCGCCACUGCGGAGAACAGCAAGUCUAGUAUGGCCGGGGUAGCUAGUGUAGCAGCAAAGUCUAACCUGAUGCGAAGUAAAGUGCCCACUCCAGCAAACUCACACCACCAGCACAUUGACACAUCGCCACCUGCUGUGACACACCCAUCAGCGCCAGGUGACCUGCUGUCUGCUGUGCUGGUUAAAGCAGGGGCACUUCCGUCUUUGGGAAAGUUCUGAAACGUCUUGGAAAAGAUACUACAGAAGUGCGCACUACAGUGCUGGAUUUCGUGUCAGGAUUUCCUAAGAUGUUUGGUGAUGGAUCCUGAGCAAUACGUUUUGCCAUCACUCUACACUUCGAUAUCAAAUGGACAACAAACGCAAAGCGUGAUUAAACAAAUGCUGAUCAAAGGAUAUAAAAACUGAAUUUACUUCUACAUGUAUUAAUAUUUAUGAAACUGACCAUGUGCUGUGAGCACGUAAAAUAGAGCCACUACAGAAUAUAAUCACUCAAAAUGCUAAGGUGUGCAAUCUUUUAUCGAAAUAAUCACAUUUGCAAAGCAGUGUAUUAGUUUUUAUGAAUGAAAAUGCCUUAACAGUAUUAUAUGCAUUAUGAAACUCUGUAUGACUGACCUUUAACGUAUUUCCUCACAGUUCAUUACCCUAACGGACAAAAACGUUUUGAAUAGUUUGCUAUUCUUUGCUAUUGCACAAGUUAGCAUUAUAAAUAACAAAUUGAAUGUUUUAAAGAGUGACGAACUGAAUAGAAUGUGGAUGUUUACGGUUAAUAUUCUGUGGAUCGGUUUACAUGGCAGAUGUUAAAGGAAUAGCUUACCCAAAAAUUACACUUACUGUAUAUUAUUAUUUACUCACCAUCAUGUAUUGAACUGAUGUCAGUCACCAUUCACUUUCAUUGUAUAGAAAAGAGCAUUGUCAACAUUACUCAAUAAUUUUGACAGGAAGUCAUAUGGGUUUGGAAAGACAUAAGGGUGAGUAAAUGAUGACAAUUUUUCAUUUUUGAGUAAACUAUUUCUUUUAGGGAGCUAUCUGACAGAAACAAUGUGAGAUGAGAUGGUUCCAUUGUGAAUGUGUUUGAACUUUUGAUUGUUUUGGGAUGACCAGUAGUACUUAUUGAUAACUGACAUAAAAUUUUCUGAAUUUAAAGCAUGUGGUUAUAUGCUAGUUUGAUUACAGUAUGGUAAAGAAAAAAAGGAUUGUUUAAAGACAAACAUUUGUGUUAUGGUAGAUCAUGGUUUGUAUCGCAGUUAACCACUAGAGGUCGCUGUAGCAUCACAUUGAAAGACACUAAAGCACAGAUCAAAUCUUGUGCCAAUGUUAUAAGCAUACACGCAGAUCCACACGCAUUUCGUCUAUGAAUGCAGUGUGAGCACUAUUUUUGACUGUCUCAUGGAAUAUUCAUCAAGGUAACGCAUAAUAAAUGGCUUUGCAUGUGGACAAAUUAUGAUAAAUGCCACCAUACAAGAGUUAACAUUAACUACAGAAAAACUCUGAGGAAAUAGUUACUAGUUCGUCUACUUGAUGAAAUUAGACAAAGAGGCAGCACUCGAAUAGUCCUAUUGCAUCUUGCUGUUUGGGGGAAAAAAAGAGGUUCAAUGAGUUUUAUUACACGUCGAGAUCAUUGUGAGAACAAGUGACAUUUUGUUGAAUGUUUUUUAUGCCAUUUGAUAGGUGUGACAUUUCAAGUAAUUCUCCAUCCUAAGCUCUCUCCCACAAUGAUCUUUGCUGUCAAGUAGAGGGAAAAAAUAGAACAUGACCAUUAAACAAAUCGAACAAAUUUACAAGGGCCAAAGCUGUUUCCUAGGCAAAACCGCGUCUAGUCAUUCUGUAUCUCAAAACCAUAAGACAUUCAUAACUAAUGAAUCUGUUUGUCAACAUGAAUUGGAGAUGUCACACCAAACGAUUCAAGUGCCAUAAAGAAUCAACAUCAAUAGCCAAACCCAUACAGAAAUCUGAUAUCUGGCAAUAUACAAAACACAUAUAUGAAAUAUAUAUUCAUAUAUGGUUUUCAGUUAAAUAAAAAGGGGCACAUUUAUGUACAUUCAGUAUAUGCAAAAUAUAUUUUAAA